CUACCAAUGAAAGGAGCAAUCAAGCACAUAUGUGGUUCAUUUGGUUUCCGUAGAUGCUAUAGCGAACUCUCAUCUAUAAAAUCACUCUCCAAGGAAUUGUAUCGGCUUAAUGCACUCCAGGAUCCACGUAGAGUGGAAGAUGAGCUCCCCAGAAUCUCAAAGAACAUCAUCACUAGCAAGAGGAUUGACCAAUUGACGUUACUGAAUUAUCAGACACUCGUUUCAAAGGUUUCAAGAAAACGCAACUGGUCUCUGCUGCAGAAAUACGAAUGGGAAUUGGCUCCUUUGUUGAACAACCUCGGUCAAAAUGGAUACCUACAAAAGAGUGGAUACGUGUUAGAGGUUGUGUCCAUUCUCGAGCACAUCACCAAUGACUGUGACACGGAAUCGAGAUCAAAGAUCUUGAAGACAUUCAGACAGCCUCUGUUAGAUACGAUAUGCUUCUCUAUAAGGCUGCAGGACGAUACGAGGUGUCACGAUGGUGAGCUUCUCCGCCUAUGGCUGCUCCAGGUGUUCUCCGCCUAUUAUGGGUCCUUGCCACCAGAGGAUUAUCAUACAAUAUUUUAUUCUGCUGUUCUAGCUGGUGAUGCAGUAACUUUGAAAGAGCUUGUUACUGGUGAAUUGUCUGUAAAUAUUGUUGCUGGUGAACGGCAGAACUUCGACAUUUCUGAAGAAGCAGCAAAGAGAUCAGUGGAAAUAUUUGCACAACGCGCUGAUAUUUCAUCCAUAGCUAAGAUAUGGAACAAUAGACCGUUCACAAGCUAUGAAGUUGGUCUCGUCACUGAAUGUGCUUCCAGCAUUAAAGACAAACUUGCCGUUAUGGAUAUUGCAGUGCACGAUAAUGACUUGCAACUUGUACCAGAGGACUUUGACCAUCUCGUUGAUUCUAUAAGUGCUGAUUUACAUACCAAUGCCCUCAAUAGAAGAAAUCUAACACCAGAUUCAUCAGAUUCAAGGAAAAGAAAGCUGAAUUUACAACGUGUGGAUAUUACACGUUUUGCUGAGACACACUUUGAUGAUCAAUUUGCCAAAAAAGAUCAAAGGGUGAAACGAGUAUUUGUUGAUUCAUUUUUGAAAGCAUUGACUUCCCUUUCCAAUACCACAGGAGUUGUUCAUGGGUUUACAUUGAUUCCGGGGGAUGUAAUCAACAUUGACAUCUUCAAUACGCUGCUUCAUUCGUGUGCGAGAGGAGCCGGGUCUCCAUUGACGGCAAUGGCAAUAAAGAAAUAUAUGGAGAGUGUUUCGAUGGAAUCGGAACUAUCAACAAAAUGGUUUUAUCAGGCAACGAAAGCAAUUGAAUGGAUUGAUACUGAUGGUAAACCUGUGGAUUAUACCCCAGGAAUCACCAAUAAACACAACCCCUACAAGGGAAACAAAUACGAUAAAGCCGACGCCGCCACAUUGACCAGAUUCUUCAACAAUCAUUUGUCUCAAACAUCGAUUAAAGUAUAGUCAGGUUGACGAUCGUUUGAAGUCCAGUCAAAUUCGUGGAUCACUUCCAUGGCCUUUGUAUAUUUUUCAUUUCCUGUAAUGGACAACUUUUCUGAAUAAACCAUAAAGAGCUCAUCGGCAGCGAUGGCACGUACCCGUGCAACUCUAUGCGUGGUCAUU